AUGAUGUAAUUAUUAUUGUACUAAUUUUAACAUUUAUGCAAUUUAGAAAGUAUAGUUUUGUAAAUCUAUAGUAUUUAAGUCAUCUUAAGAUAGAACAACGGUCAUAAUGUGAUACUUUAAGUUGAACUAAAAUAAAGUUAUUGCAAACAGAAUACAAUAAGGUGGUUGUUUUGCAACGAGGUGGAGACAGUUCUGUUCAUAACAGCAGAUGGCUGAUGGGAAAAGUGACAGGUACAAGAAAAUUAGUGAAAAAAGGUAAACACACACAAAGUGAGAUGUAGAGAGAUAUAAUGGAAAAGGAAGAGACUGAAAAUUAAAAUGCAAGUGAAGGUGCAGUUCAAUAGAGAACCUUUAAUUAUUUUGCAUGGCCCCAGACUAAGGUUUUAAACCUUUUUUUAAAUGUGAUGGCCGUACAAAAAAAGUGUUAUCCGCGGUUUCAGAAUGUGUUGUGUGUGUAUGGCCUGGAUGAGCGCGAGUCCUGCCCUGUUCUACACGGUGGUUGUUCAGUCAUGAUACAUUCAUUAGCUAACAAAAUAUUAAAUGUAAGUUAUUUUGUAUUAAUGUGUCAUUAUGACAUGAGGUCGUUACCAGCGUGACACUAAAGCAGGUAGUAAUGGGUACUUUUUACUAGUAAAAAAGUGUUGUCUUUACUUCUUCUUUUACCAGAGUAUUUUUAAACAUGAGUAUCUAUACUUCUACUUGAGUGAAGGGUGUGUGUAUUUUUGUCAUCUCUGAUGCCGUCCUGUGUUGUGUGCACAGAUGGAGGAAUGCCUCACAUGACAUUAAUUAAAGGAUGUCAAGUAUUCCAAAGAGUUGCAGAGUAAUCACUAUAUAAUUAUCAAAGUAUGUGGUUUUUGCCAGACUGCUAAUGCUUUAUUCCACUGCGUGUACCUGAUGGAGUACCUGCUGAGGAUAUUUGUGGAUCCGCGGGGCUACUGGAGGAGUCCUCUCAAUGUGCUGUCUGCGUUUGUGCUCCUGCUCUCCACCGUCUGCAUGUGUCUGAGCGCGCCUCUGAAGCACCUGACCUGCAUCAGCGUCCUGCUGGUCUUCAGGCUCCGGAAUUACACCGAUAUCGAGCAGGAGUACACUGCAGGCAUCUGGAGAGGACUGAAGAAAGCCAGCUUGAUCUAUCUCUUGAUCUUUGUGAUCGUACUGGUUUUCGCAAUGGCUGGUCACUCGUUUUUUGGAGACGCAAACAGAGGAGAUCCAGAACACUGGGGAGACCUCGGCACAGCCCUGUUCACGCUCUUCAGACUGCUCGUAUUGUAUGACUGGACGAAGGUGCAUAAGAGCCUCGACAAAGCAGGUGUGAGCUACAGCAGCGUCUUCAUCAUCGGCUUUAUGAUUACGUGCUACUUCAUACUCCUCGUUAUAGCCAGGGCUAUUUUCAUCACUGAAUGCCGGAGUGCUUUUGGGAACGCAGCGGAAAGGAAGAAACGGGCGCGUGAAGACGAGGUAAAGAAGAAGGUGGAGGAGGUGCUGGAAAGAGCUAAACAGCACCAUGCACCAAAACUCCGGAGUGUGAGGGAACUCAAAAGACCCUUAUGUCAUGAUCGAUUUAUUUACGCGCAGGACAAGAUCACUAGUUCUUCUUUCAUAGGGACAUUUAUGCAGCAGCUGAAUAAACGAGAACAAACCAUGUUAGAGUCGUGGCGGCUCAUAAAUGAGAAGAUGGCUGUACUGAAGGAGGAGCUAGAGGACAAGCUGAAUGAGGAAGCUCUUGCUGAGGGGCUGUACAAGAAGUCCGGCAGAUUAGUGUUUCUUGGUCUCAGCAAUGCUGGCAAAACGACGCUUCUACAUGUGCUGAAUGACCACAGACUGGGUCUGCAUGUGCCGACCUUUGACCCCAUUGGGCUUUGUGUCUUUACCCUCACAGCCUCAGAAGUGCUGAGGAUCGCUGGCGUGACUUUGAGCUCCUGUGAUCCGGCUCGAGGAGAGUGGAGGACGCUUCUCCCAGCCGUGAGCGCCAUCGUCUUCCUGGUGGACUGCGCAGAUUACGCCAGGCUGCCCGAGUCCAAAACAGAGCUUGACGCACUAAUGACAGAUGAAACCAUUGGAAAUGUGCCCAUCUUGAUCCUCGGCAACAAGAUCGACAAACCUGAAGCCAUUAGUGAGGAGAAACUGCGUGAGAUCUUUGGACUGUACGGUCAGACGACGGGAAAGGGCUGUGUUCCCGUCGGCGAGCUGGAGACGAGAGCGCUGGAGCUGUUUAUGUGCAGCGUGACGGAGAGACGGGGAUACGUGAUUGGCGUGGAGAGAUUAAAAGCCACAGAAGGACAGACAGUGGCAGAGAGGGACAGGCUGAGGACUCGGGAGGAAAAAGGAUCGCUACUGAUCAAAAGACUCACCAAAGUGCUGUGAACUUAUGUUUAUUUGAAAGGAGGACCGUGAGCUGUUCCGGAGCUGGAUGGACCAGGAGGGACAGGCAAGGGGCCGUCCUCGAGAAACCCCGCCGGCCCCACUCACCUGCCCCUAAAUAAAAUGGGGCCACAGGACGACC